UGCAGUAUAGCAGGUAUAUUUCCUCGUGCUGGUUAUCGACGGUGCCACCAUGUCCUCUUCAGCGCAAUUUCAUACAGUGCUGAGUGACAGGAAGACUACGUUUACUAUUGAGAGUAUACUGGGACUCGACAGAAAGAAGGAAUGUGCUCCCUCAGCAAAACCGCACAAGCCGUGGAUUGGUCCAGGCAUCAGCCAGCAACAAGAUGCGCCUCCUGUAACGCCGGAGCUCAUCCUAUUGCCGCAGGUGAAAGUUCAAGAAGACGAAAAUGUCGUCUACAAUAAGCUGCACUGCUCAGAGUCAUACAAACAAGCUUUGAACUGGUACAUAGGCAGAAGGCCCAGGACGGCUUUUAGUGGAGCCCAGAUCGAGGUGCUGGAGAGUGUGUUCAGAGUGAACUCCUACCCUGGGAUCGAUGUGAGGGAGGAGCUGGCGUGCAAACUGGAGCUGGAUGAGGACCGCAUCCAGAUUUGGUUCCAGAAUCGGCGUGCUAAAUUGAAACGGUCUCGCAGAGAGUCUCGGUUCCUCCUAGUGAAGAAGGUCUUCACAGCUCUGCAGGACCUGGCAGAGCCUUGACAUGCACCUCUGUAAUCUGACACCCUCCUGCCACAGCUGGA